ACUGCUGGGCCGGGCCACUGCCCAGGGGAAGCCUCCGGCUGAUCGGAAGCCGGGCUUCGCCGGCGGACAGCCAAGCGCGCAGGCUUCCUUCAAUCGCCACAGCAAGGCGGACCUGCCUCCGUCCCCCAGCGGUCACUCGGUCUCUCGCGCGCAUGCGCAGGCUCCAGCGGCGUCCUCCCCGCUCCUUCCCUCCCUCAUCCGGGUCCUGGGCGAGCGGGCCCCGUGCGCGUGUCCCGCGACCGAGCUGCUAAUAAAGUUGCGCCGAGGAGCAGCGCAGCGACGGCGCCGGAGAGUGCGCGCAGCCGGCGGGACUUGAACCAAUGAAAACUUAUGGCACUUACGAAGAUAAAUGUCACUACUCCCUUUUUAAUUGGAACUUUGCUUAGAACCUGUAUGUGACUUCUCAUCUGUCCUUUCAGUAGCCACUGACUUUGAGUUGCCGGAAAGUCUCAGAAGAUUUGUAUCAAAUGACGUCAAUGGCCAGCUUGUUUUCUUUUACUAGUCCAGCAGUAAAGCGAUUGUUGGGCUGGAAACAAGGUGAUGAAGAGGAGAAAUGGGCAGAAAAGGCAGUCGAUGCUUUGGUGAAAAAGCUGAAAAAGAAAAAGGGUGCCAUGGAGGAACUGGAGAAAGCCUUGAGUAGUCCAGGACAGCCAAGCAAAUGUGUCACUAUUCCCAGAUCUUUAGACGGACGUCUUCAGGUCUCUCACAGAAAAGGGUUACCCCAUGUUAUAUAUUGUCGUGUUUGGCGCUGGCCUGAUUUGCAGAGUCAUCAUGAGCUGAAGCCAUUGGAUAUUUGUGAAUUUCCUUUUGGAUCUAAGCAAAAAGAAGUUUGUAUCAACCCAUACCACUAUAAGAGGGUGGAGAGUCCAGUCUUACCUCCAGUAUUAGUGCCUCGUCAUAAUGAAUUUAAUCCACAACACAGCCUUCUGGUUCAGUUUAGAAACCUGAGCCACAACGAACCACACAUGCCACAAAAUGCAACGUUUCCAGAUUCUUUCCACCAGCCCAACAACACUCCUUUCCCCUUAUCUCCAAAUAGCCCCUAUCCCCCUUCCCCUGCUAGUAGCACGUACCCCAACUCCCCUGCAAGUUCUGGACCGGGAAGUCCAUUUCAACUCCCAGCUGAUACUCCUCCUCCUGCCUAUAUGCCACCAGAUGAUCAGAUGGGUCAAGAUAAUUCCCAGCCCAUGGAUACAAGCAGUAAUAUGAUUCCUCAGAUUAUGCCCAGUAUAUCCAGUAGAGAUGUUCAGCCUGUUGCCUAUGAAGAGCCCAAACAUUGGUGUUCAAUUGUCUACUAUGAAUUGAACAAUCGUGUUGGGGAAGCUUUUCAUGCGUCUUCUACUAGUGUGUUAGUAGAUGGAUUCACAGACCCUUCAAAUAACAAAAGUAGAUUCUGCUUGGGGUUGUUGUCAAAUGUUAAUCGUAAUUCGACAAUUGAAAACACUAGGCGACAUAUUGGAAAAGGUGUUCAUCUGUACUAUGUUGGCGGGGAGGUGUAUGCCGAGUGUCUCAGUGACAGCAGCAUAUUUGUACAGAGUAGGAACUGCAACUUUCAUCACGGCUUUCAUCCGACCACGGUGUGUAAGAUUCCCAGCAGCUGCAGCCUCAAAAUUUUUAACAAUCAAGAGUUCGCUCAGCUUCUGGCUCAGUCUGUCAACCACGGGUUUGAGGCAGUAUAUGAGCUCACCAAAAUGUGUACCAUUCGAAUGAGUUUUGUCAAGGGCUGGGGAGCUGAGUAUCAUCGGCAGGAUGUUACCAGCACGCCAUGCUGGAUUGAGAUUCAUCUGCAUGGGCCUCUCCAGUGGCUGGAUAAAGUCCUCACUCAGAUGGGCUCCCCCCUGAACCCCAUAUCUUCUGUUUCAUAGUGCAGAAAUGUUCUUCUCAAUUAUAUUCUUAGUGGACUUGUUUUAAUUUUAGGGAAACUUUCAGUACAGAAACUGUGACCUUACAUGGAAAACAGAUAUUAUAGCUGAUUUUUUUCUACAUAAUUGUGACCAAUACAUUUGUAUUUUGUGAUGAAUCUACAUUUGUUUGUGUUCAUGUUCAUGUGAUUAACUCUCAAAAGUAUUGUGAAAGAUACAGAGUAAGUAUUGUGCCCCAGUUCGGAAGUUUGGCAUCGAUCUUAGACUAGAACAUACUUUUGCCUUAUUGUCCCAACAGUUUAUUUUUUAAGUUUUCUUGAAAAAAUAAUAAUCACAAAAUGAAAAAUUAUAAUAGUAUGAAGGGUAUGCAGUGAAAAGUCUUCCCUUGGACUCUUGGCCCUCCAGAAGCUGUACUUUUACCAGUUUCUUUUAACCACCAACUUAAAAAAAGUAGAAUUCAUUGUUUUGUAAAAGCAUAUGGUAGGGGCUUAAAAGAAACUAUAAAAGAGUAUCUUUUAUUUGAAAGGACACUAAUUAGUGUUCAGUACAAGCGAAAUGAUAGUUUUCUAGAUGACAUCACAGAAUUUACAUUUAAUACAGCUAAAUGUCUGUCAGUGUUUUGUGAUUUAACUCAGUAUAUCUUUUGUAAAACAUUUCCUUUUUUAAGAAAAAUUAUUGCAAACAACAACAGAUCUCCAGUAUAUGUCGUUUACUUAGAACCUGUCCUAAGUACUAGUUUAUAGCUGGUGACAGCACACACCUGGCCUUACUCAGCUUUGUUUGCUGCUUUUGGCCCAUGUUGCAAGAACUCUAAUUUUAACCUGCAUUAAUCUUUUACUUUGCACUUUGAUGGGUGACAGUUUUUAGUGUAACUUUUUGUGAAACACAACUGACUUGUACUUAGAUGCUCAUCCAUACUUCCUUUUGUAUUAACAAACACACUGCAAUUUAUAGAUUACUGUUGUAGGAAGCUACACUUUUUCUAACUUUUAUUGUAUUUUCAACCUAGAUUAUAAGACUGUUAUUCUAUAGCUCCAACUUAAGGUGCCUUUUUAGUUCCCUACAAUUUUAUGGUUGUUAUUAAUGUUGGAAAAUCAUGUACUUAAUCCCGUUGCUCAUAGGAGCCUCUUCUGUCUGGCUACAGUGAUGAGGCUUCUGGUUUGAUACUUAUAUGAAUCAGUGGUGGUUAUUGAGAUAGCUGAUUUUAAAAUGGUCACAUAUCAAUGAAUGUAGACUGUUCUCUCAGUUAUCAUGCAUGCUCUUUUCUUCUCAUUGUUUUUUUUUUUUAGCACCUGUGUGGAUGCUAAUCUCCAGAACACAACCCUCAGAGAGAAAAGACAUGAAAACGCUAAUAAAAUAUCCAGUUAAUCAGUCAUGCUUAAAAGGUUUUGGGUAAAGAGCUUUUAACCUCUUUUUCUAAGGAGCGGUCAAGUGGACACUUAGUUAGGGCAUGAGAACAAAGACAUUAUUUUGAAAAAAGAAAAUGACCUAAUUUACCUACCAGAAGCAGCUUAUUUUCUGGUGCCUUUUGGAAGUAGGUGGAACCAUGUCAAUCUUCUGUUUAAAAUGUUAGUUUGGUUUGACUUUCUACUUUGCCCUUUCUGCUUUUAUGAGGAUACAGUGCAUUUUUUGAGCAGAGGAGAAUGUGAUCCCUUUUGUUUUCUGUGGUGUUAUUUAUUGCCUUUACAGAGUGCAGCUGAUGGAUGGUUUUCAUUCUUGUAGAUAAAGUGCCGUAUGUGUAUGUGUUUCAGCUCACAACCCUUCGCUGGGUUAAAAGAAUACUUUGAGAGUCAUCUGAGCCUUAAACAUGAGUUUUACAUGCAUUCUCAGUCUCCCAGAGUUGUGUUAGCCACACCUGAGAGAGGAUUGUUUGCUUAGUGAUGGAAUUCAGCCCUUUACAAGGUUCUUUUACUUACUAGACUCAAGCUGCAAUCUUUGGAACAAAUUUGUUGAAAUAAGACACCCAGGUUGAAUGACAGAUACAUGAGAUCAGCUCUAGUGUGCUUGAACUGGUUGGUGGUGGACACUACUGAAUUGUUUUAUGGAUGCUUUCAAUUGAAUUAAUCAAAAAUUGUUUCUAUUCAUGUCACACUUUAGAAGUAGCAGGAUUUUAUGUGACUGGCCUUUUGUUUGUUUUCUCUAAGAGGUUGUGUCUCAUAAAAGGACAGUACUAAAACUAAUUAUUAAGAAUUUCAUAAAGUGUAAGUCUGGUGUAUUUCUUAAAAGUUGUCAACUCCACACCCCUAAAUUUUAAAUUAAAACUUUAUUCACUCUGCUUCAGUAAUUUCAGAGGAUGCCCAGUAUCCAAAGAUAGGAAAUAAAAAUUGCCAGUAAGAUUAAAAAAAAAAAAAAAAACCUAAGUAAAAUUCUGAUACUAAUGAAAAGAAAGCACCUCUGAAAGAACCUAUUUCAGAAAAUUAGUUUAAAGUUUUUAUUUAAUCUCCAGAAUAGUUUAUAAUCAAAUGUAUAAAAACAUCAACACCACUGGAAAAUCACAUUUUAUAGCAUGUACUAUGUAUUAAUACAUGCCUGCUUAUAAGAGUCUGGGAAUAAUAAAAUUACAACCAGUUUGGUAAAUGCCAAAAGAGGAAUAGAAUAAAAAUUAAUUUCAGUAAUGAAUUAGAGCAACAAAAAGAUGUUGAUUGGGAAAAAAAAAUUUGAGAGGUGCAUCUGACUAAAGUAUCUAUGUAAUAAGAAUAUUAUGGUCUGGUUGAUAUUGCUUGGCUUAAGUUACAGAGUGUAAACUAAUAGGCAUGUUAUUGAUCUACUUAGGCUAACUUUUUCUUUAUAGAUUAAGGAAGACAUUAGUCAAAAUGUCAAAUACAUACCUCAGAAUAUAAAUCAUUUUUCACAUUUUGUUACAUAAGGAAACUGUGAUAAUAGAAUUGGCUGGGUUUCUGAGGUGAAAUUCACAGUAAUAUUACUAAGUAGUUCAGUAAGCUAUACCCAGUAGUACAGAAAGAGGCUGUAGCUGUAUUAUGCUUUUCCUAACAUUUGAGAGUUUGACAUCCUUUUAGGAUGUAAAAUGAUCAACAGUAUUCAGAUCUGAAAUCUCCUGUAAAGAUUAGAACUGGGGCUCACACUGUCACAGCUCCAGUAUUACCCGAGGGUAUCCGUAGGAGACAGUUCCCCUGUAAACAGUGUUCUUUUGAAGGUGAAAGUUUAUAUAAAACAUGAAGUCCUAUCAAUAGCAGAGAAACUCUACAAGGUCUGAUGGCACCUGUUUAAGUGCCGUACUUCCGUCAUCGAGAGCAUCUGAUAAUACCCGUUUGGAUCCAUUUCUUUAAACUUUCUGGUUUGCUUAAUAUUACUUUGGAUCAUUGUCAUUUUCUCACUUAAAAUAUAUUAAUAUCUCUUAUGUUUCCUGAAGAAGGAAGACUCUUUUGAUAAUUAUUGAAUUCAACUUCCAAAGACGAGUUAAAUUUUGGAUCUAUUAACUUUUAUUUCAGGAGGGUCAGGGCCCUUCUUUGUCUUACUAGUUAAAUCCCCACUUAAUCUCUCAGGUCUGAAUAUAAAUGUGUGUCCUCAUUACAGCCAUCAGCUCAGUAAGCCAGAAUCUUUUAAGGUGGUAGAUAGCCUGGUGGUUUUCAGAUGUUUUAUCAUUUUAAUGGGAGGGAGUUUUUCUAAGCAUUGGUUUAUGGGUGGUCUUGGCUAUUUAAUAGGGAAGCAGCUUUUUUGGGGGUGUUUUCUGGUUUGAUGCCUGUGUACCCUAGAGCAACAGCAUUUUCCUCUUUGAUACAGGUGGGAUUCUGGGGUGGUUUUCUUCUCACAGAAGAUGCAUGAAUGAAAAGUGAGAUUUCAAGGCAUUUCUUCUGCAUAAAUAAUUCUACCUGCUGGACAAAUUUUUGGAGUUCACCAAUUGCAGUUUAGCAUGUCCUAAUUAUAAGAGGUAACAGUAUUUAUCAAGCUUUUGUAAUACUGGAUUAUUCAUAAUAGAAACAUACCUCCUAAAAUGCAACUGUUUUAAUUGAAGUGUCACCCUAAAACUAGGUGGUUUACAAAAACCAGUGAGAGGGAUUUUAUAUAUAAAUAUUUUCAAAGUAAGAGCUUAUGACGGUAUUUGCUGGUAGCAGUUACUGUAAAACAAGUGAUGAGUUGUGUUGAAAAGAUCCAGUUUUAGAGCAGGACUCUUGUCAUUCAUGGCAGAGUGAAAAAGAUUUGUAUGGUUCUUGUCCAAAUAAGUGUUUAAAAUUCACAAAAUCAUCAUAAACCAUGUCCUUUAAAGAUUUAUUUGAAGAUGCUGUGUUUAAACGUUCAGCAUUUUGUGUACAGAUAUUUCCCUCCCAUGAACAGGUAGUGCCUUCUUAAUACUAGCUGGUGUUAGCUAUAACAAAACUCCAGUGAGGCCAAGAAUCCCAAGUUCUUUAUAAAAGAAGAAAUCAAGAGCCAGACUGUGUGUGUCUUCUAAUACCAGUGGAGCUGAUGUUGCUUUGAUUUAUUCACAAAGUGUUUUAACUCCAGGGACUCUUGAAGAUCGGUAAUAGUUGGGCAAGUGAUUUUCUUCUUGGCCUGGUUGGUUAAAGUUGCAUUUUGAAAAAUCACUUAUUUUAAAAUUGGAUAGGAUUAUAAUAUGAAAACUGGGUGUUUGUACGUAGCUGCCCAUGUUCUCUUAAAAAGAUGUUUCAUAUACAGAUGAUAAAGACCAAACCAAGGGCUGCACCAUAGGUCUGCUGCUUAUUUGUACUUGUUCUGCUUUUAUGUUGUAGAAAAUUAAACUCUAGCAACAUGCUUCAAUUCUGUUCUUUUUUGAUACUUACAAAAAUGUAUUAGGUCUUACUAUAUUGUGCUUUUCAAAGCCAUAACUUUAAGGACUUUGUUUUUGCAUAUUGUUUGCUAAUACUUUAUUUUAAUAAACCUCAAAACCUG